AUGUUGUCAGAAAGGUUGGCAAAGUGGAUGUUACUGUUGUCAGAGUAUGCGAUUACGUAUGAACCGGCGAAAGCGGUAAAAGGACAAGCAGUGACAGAUUUUUUAGCAGCUCAUCCUGUGACAGAUUGCGAAGCUAUUCUUGAUAACUUUCCAAAUGACCAAGUCAUGAUGACAAAACUGCCUAAAGCGUGGCAAAUGUUCUUUGAUGGGGCGGCUCGGGCAAUGGGGGCAGGUGCCGGAGUAAUAUUCAUUACCCCACAGGGCGAUUUGUUACCUUAUUCUUUCACGUUAGGUACGACGUGUACGAAUAACGAAGCUAAAUAUAACGCCCUCAUCAUCAGGAUGGAGAUAGCCAGUGAACUGGGAAUAAAACACCUGCAGAUUUACGGAGAUUUUAAGCUGGUCAUAAAUCAGGUGACGACAGAAUUUGAGAUAAGGAAACCGGAACUUCUGCCGUACUGUCGAAAAGCGCAACACUUAUUGGAGAAAUUUUUGAACGUUGAAGUUAAGCAUAUACCAUGA